AACAUGCCUUUCAGUUUGGGCUACUGGUUUACUUAAUCGACCCGCCCUCAGUCAGCCGGGUUUCUAUUUUGGCCCCUGUCCUCUGGACCAGCCGGGAUGGUUUGGAGAAGCAUUUAAAAGAACUGCCAAAGUGGCCCCCAAACAGCGGUCAAGAAUUACAAUAUACUUUUAUUUGGUAGUUGCUAGAGGCUUUCCCCCCUCUCCUUCCUGCCUCCUGAACUCCUCUUGCUUGUGAUAAUGGCCUUGGACUUGGACAACUUAUCGAUUUCCCCCUGUAAGAUGCUGUCUCAUUUGGUUGGGGGGGGCUCUGCAUGGUAAUGGACCGUGAGAGAGGCCAGGCCUUCUGGAGGUGAGCCGAUGGAGAUCUAUUCCCCAGACAUGUCUGAGGGGGCCCCCGAGAGGUCCUCCAGCCCCUCCACGCAGCUGAGUGCAGACCCGUCUCUGGAUGGGCUUCCGGCAGCAGAAGUCAUGCCAGAGACCCAGACUGAAGAUGGGAGAAGCUCCGGCCUCGUGGGCCUGGCGGUGCCCUGCUGCGUCUGCCUGGAAGCCGAGCGCCUGAGAGGUUGUCUCAACUCGGAGAAGAUCUGCAUUGUCCCCAUUCUGGCUUGCCUGGUCAGCCUCUGCCUCUGCAUUGCCGGCCUCAAGUGGGUCUUUGUGGACAAGAUAUUUGAGUAUGACUCCCCCACGCACCUUGACCCUGGGGGGUUAGGCCAGGACCCUAUUAUUUCUCUGGAUCCAACUGCUGCCUCAGCGGUGUGGGUAGCAUCUGAGGCACACACUUCACCUGUCUCUAGGGCUCAGUCUGAAACUGAGGUUCAAGUUACACUGCAAGUUGACAAUGCUCUUGUGUCCUCUGAACCUUCCGCGGUACCCACCCCGAAGAAUCGUGUUUUUGCUUUUUCUUUCUUGCCAUCCACUGCACCGUCUUUCCCUCCCCCCACUCGGAACCCCGAGGUGAGAACACCCAAGUCAGCAACUCAGCCACAAACAACAGAAACUAAUCUCCAAACUGCUCCUAAACUUUCUACAUCUACAUCUACCACCGGAACAAGCCAUCUUGUGAAAUGUGCAGAGAAGGAGAAAACUUUCUGUGUGAAUGGAGGCGAGUGCUUCAUGGUGAAAGACCUUUCAAACCCCUCAAGAUACUUGUGCAAGUGCCAACCUGGAUUCACUGGAGCAAGAUGUACUGAGAAUGUGCCCAUGAAAGUCCAAAACCAUGAAAAAGCAGAGGAGCUCUACCAGAAGAGGGUGCUGACCAUCACUGGCAUCUGCAUCGCCCUGCUAGUGGUCGGCAUCAUGUGUGUGGUGGCCUACUGCAAAACCAAGAAACAGCGGAAAAAGCUUCAUGACCGGCUUCGGCAGAGUCUUCGGUCCGAGCGCAACAACAUGGUCAACAUCGCCAACGGGCCUCACCACCCCAACCCGCCCCCCGAGAACGUGCAGCUGGUGAAUCAAUACGUAUCUAAAAAUGUCAUCUCUAGUGAGCAUAUUGUUGAAAGAGAAGUGGAGAUAUCUUUUUCCACCAGUCACUAUACCUCGACAACUCAUCAUUCCACUACUGUCACCCAGACUCCGAGUCACAGCUGGAGCAACGGACACACCGAAAGCAUCAUUUCUGAAAGCCACUCUGUAAUCAUGAUGUCAUCAGUAGAAAACAGUAGGCACAGCAGCCCAACUGGGGGCCCAAGAGGACGUCUUAAUGGCAUGGGAGGCCCUCGUGAAUGUAACAGCUUCCUCAGGCAUGCCAGAGAAACCCCUGACUCCUACCGAGACUCUCCUCAUAGCGAAAGACAUAACCUUAUAGCUGAGCUAAGGAGAAACAAGGCACACAGAUCCAAAUGCAUGCAGAUCCAGCUCUCAGCAACUCAUCUUAGAUCUUCCUCCAUUCCCCAUUUGGGCUUCAUUCUCUAAGACCCCUUGGCCUUUAGGAAGGUAUGUGUCAGCAAUGACCACCCCGGCUCGUAUGUCACCUGUAGAUUUCCACACGCCAAGCUCCCCCAAAUCGCCCCCUUCGGAAAUGUCUGCACCUGUGUCCAGCACGACGGUGUCCAUGCCCUCUAUGGCAGUCAGCCCCUUUGUGGAAGAAGAGAGACCUCUGCUUCUGGUGACACCACCACGGCUGCGGGAGAAGUAUGACCACCACCCUCAGCAAUUCAACUCCUUCCACCACAACCCCGCGCAUGAGAGCAGCAGCCUGCCCCCUAGCCCCUUGAGGAUAGUGGAGGAUGAGGAGUAUGAAACGACCCAGGAGUACGAGCCAGCUCAAGAGCCUGUUAAGAAACUCACCAACAGCCGGCGGGCCAAAAGAACCAAGCCCAAUGGCCACAUUGCCAACAGGUUGGAAAUGGACAGCAACACAAGCGCUGAGAGCAGUAACUCAGAGAGCGAAACAGAAGAUGAAAGAGUAGGUGAAGCCACCCCUUUUCUGGGCAUACAGAACCCCCUGGCAGCCAGUCUCGAGGCAGCACCUGCCUUCCGCCUGGCCGAGAGCAGGACUAACCCAGCAGGCCGCUUCUCGACACAGGAGGAUCUGCAGGCCAGGCUGUCUAGUGUAAUUGCUAACCAAGACCCUAUCGCUGUAUAAAAACCUAAAUAAACACAUAGAUACACCUGUAAAACUUUAUUUUAUAUAAUAAAGUAUUCCACCUUAAAUUAAACAAUUUAUUUUAUUUUAGCAGUUCUGCAAAUAGAAAACAGGAAAAAAAACUUUUAUAAAUUAAAUAUAUGUAUGUAAAAAUGUGUUAUGUGCCAUAUGUAGCAAUUUUUUACAGUAUUUCCAAAUGAGAAAGAUAUCAAUGGUGCCUUUAUGUUAUGUUAUGUCGAGAGCAAGUUUUGUACCGUUACCGUGAUUGCUUUUUCCACAGUAUUUCAGCAAAACCUCCCAUAUAUUCUGUUUUCGCUGGCUUCUUGUGCAUUGCAUUAUGAUGUUGACUGGAUGUAUGAUUUGCAAGACUUGCAACUGUUCCUCCGUUUGCUUAAAGUAGCACCCAAUCAGUACGUCUUGUAAUGGCACAUCCAUCCAAAUACUCUUCUCUUCUGUACGAAGUUUUCUUUUGCUUUCAGUCUAUGAAAUGAGUCGUGUCUACUCUGCCAGCCAAAGGUUUGCUUCACUGGGCUCUGAGAUAAUAGUAGAUCCAACAGCAUGCUACUAUUAAUUACAGCAGGAAACUGCAUUAAGUAAUGUUAAAUAUUAGGAAGAAAGUAAUAUUGUGAUUUUUUUUAAAAAAACUAUAUUAUUCAUCAGAAGACAGCCUGCUCUCACUAAGAGGAGCUAUCACUUAUUUUAUUUCAAUUUAUUUUUCUUAACAAAAAAGCAACAAUUUGGAGGGUAGGAGAGAAAAUGGGUUCUGGCUUGCUAUUAGGGUAAGACCAACACCUUAUCAGAGGACUCAAUGUCACUUUCUCUCUGGGGGAAUGACACAACAGCACAUCUAGUUGAAGAUCAAACCAGGGCUGGACAAGGUGCAAUCAUUCCUGACUUGCAUUUUCCACUGGUUUUGGAGCUAGUGAUUGGUUCUGUCUUCUUGGCUUGAAACAGACGUGCUAUGGCACAAACACCCCAGCUCCAACAGCACACUCAGCACUUGUCUGAAAUGCCUAGAGGGAAACGUGCCUGCUGUGCCUAGUGGUGACUGGUCAUCAUAGGGAAAUAGAGUGCCCAGAAGGAGGGAUUGAUAGAAGACACGGUGGAGGGCUGAUGUGCGGCAUGGGUUGCAAUUUGAAACAGUUGUGUUGACCACUCCUUUCUCCUCAUUAGUUUCCUCUUGCUUUUCAAUGUCGCCUUGAUUAGGUCAUGACUAUGCAUGGACAUUUUUGUCAGGAAUGGCCAACAUGCAUGUGAUUUGUGACUAGUAAGAACAUUCUGAGAGUGAUGCUUCAUCAGGCAAUGUCAAUAGUGUUGGAAAGAUUGCACCUUUCCCUGCAGAAACACGACCCCCUCCUGUGUACUGACCUCUUGAUUCCCACCCUGUAUCACCCAUUUCCUCCUUUGUUUUUGCUUUACUCUCACAAAACAGGACUAAGAUGGGUCUAAACUUUGCAUGUUCUCUUGGGAUUGUAAAUCCAAGGAGGGCCUAUAGGUAUUAACAUUUGAAAGAACUGCUAAUUCAGGAAAACAAUAGCUUUUUGUAAAAAUUGCAGGCCCCCAUUUUAUGACCUCCCUGAUACCUGCCAAAUCUGGCUGGAGCUUUACUGAGGUUCCAAGUAGACUCCUGGGAGCCAUGUGACAAAAUGGGAAACAGGUUAGCAAGGGGUCCAAAAUACCAGGCAUGAAGUCAACGAGAGUAACUGCUGCUUGUUGGCAGGAGAACUGAACCUAUUUCUUCACCAAAUUUCUAUGUUAAAGGUUAAGGGGAGAAGAUACAUGCAAGGAGGUCUUAGAAAAAAAAUGCAGGCUGGGCAUGAGUCACGUCAUUGAGCUCCUACAUGUUUCUACAAUCCACAGAGAUGCCUGAUUGAUUGCAGGUCUUUGAGGUUACUCUGAGUAUUUGAUAUCCCAGGCUGUCCUUCACUGUUCACAUACCACUUCCUCUGUGCCCAGCAGUGCCCUCAUCAGCUUGUUAAUCCACACGGAGGAGUCCCUGUCACGCUGCACAAGUUGCACUGAUUUCCCAGGUCUGUAGACAUGAGUAAGCUCAUGGCAGGAGGAAGAAGACAGUCAACCCAAAGAGGUUCUAUAAGUUAUUCUAAUAUUGCCUUUGAGUCAGUCUUGGACUAUUUCAAUAAAAAAUUCCUAUCGCAAAUUAAAACUACAACUUUUGCUUCUAAUUCUACAGACUUAGGAGUAUUCACAUGUCUCAUUCUGAAUAAUUUCAAGAAUAAAUAAAAUCUAUCGAGAGCAAUGAACAACAUGAAAAUUGUUGUAAAUUUUCAGGUUACAAAAUAUAUAUGAAAACUUAGGAUAAGAGGAAAGUUUCUUUCCAAUUUGAUUCUAGUCACUCACAGAGGGGGCGUUGUUCGGGACAGCAUUACCUGUAAAACAAGAGCUUCCCUUGAUAAGAAAGGCCAGCUGACUCCUCAGGGCUACCUGCUGCGGCCACCGGAUUUGUGUUCACAGGGACAUCUCUAUGAUGUUUAACUGCCACGUGGCUCUCAACCACCCACCCUGUUUAUAAACUCAGGCAGUGCUGUGGCCAUGCAAAGGAGGGUGAACCUAUGUUCCCAGCAAAUGAAAAGCUUCUGUGGGUUUUUGGGUAAUUGCCCAGAAGUUCCACAGCCACUCUGCCCCCUGGAAAUCAUAUCCUAAUGAGGGGAAUGCAGUGGAACAUAGUAUAUGCAAACUUCUUUUUCUCACUCGAGAUUCCUUUACUAUCCUACUCUCCCUUCUUGCCUGGUAUGACUUUUUUCCAAGAGUACCUGGACAGCCUCAUGCUUUCUACAAACUAACACUCUACCAGGGUGUAUGUGAAUGUGUUUCAGACACCAAUAUGCUGUAUCUUCCUUGUUUAAGUGUGACUGUCUUGAUACAGGUGGAGUUUAUCCAGGGUAACUUGCUCAGUAAUUAUUCCUAUUUUUUUCUGGCCUGGAGCUCACAUUGGUGAAAAUAAGGAAGGCUAGUUUUAUUAUUUAGCACUGGCUGCAUUCCACCAGCCACAGAGAUGAGAUUUCUAUCUACAAAGGCCCAUGAAACACUGCAGAGACAUGCAGGCAAAGGGAAAUGGCCACAUAUCAGAAGUUCUAUUAUAUAUUCUUUUGUAAAUACACCAUGUACAUUACUUAGAUGUUUUCCUAAAUCAUUUACUGUCUUUAUGAGUUAAUGUCAGAAUUUUUACUCUCUCAACUUACUGUAUAACAUUGUAAAUAACAUAAUGUCCUUUAUUAUUUAUAUUUAAGCAUCUAACAUAGAGUUGUUUUCAUAUAAGUUUAAGGUAAAUGUCAAAAAUAUAUGUUUUUUGUUUUUCUUCACUUUAAAAUUAUGUAUCUUUUUCUUUUUUUAAAGAAUAAUUUAUUGUUCAGGAGAAAGAAUGUAUAUGUAAUUGAAACUAUUUGAAGAAUGCACAUUUGAAAGCCGUGGGGGUACUGAUAAACUAAAGAAUUCCUUAUCCAAAAUACUAAGCAAUAAGUAAUUGUGAUUUAUUUAAAGUUUUGUUCAUUUUCCAUGAACGAAAUACUGCAAUAAAAAUGCCACUCUGUGGAGACCUGGGAGUGUUGCUCAGCAGACUAACGUUUCAGUCUGUUAGACCAGCACCUUUCGUGUUCCUGCGACAGAUGUUCUAAUAUAGGAAUGUGUUUCAUGGACCCCACAUCAUCUUGUCUGUGCUUUGCUUUGGCCUCACUGUCUAUUCUUGAGUCAUCUGCUGCCUAUUGAUUCUUCUUGACACUGUAUUCCUUGUUUAAGGGGCCACACCCAAGCAAUACGAUGUCUCCCCCCAACCCCCAUACACACAAUAACAUGUCAGAGAGGACAUUUUAGGCAUGAUCACUGGGUCUUGGUUGUUAACAUGUUCUGUAGUAACAGCAAGAAACUUCUUCAGACUAAUGGAAAUGUCAACAUGGCAACCCAUGCAGUCAUGAGAGGAAAACUUGUCAUUAUCAUUCAAAUAGUCUGAUGGCCACCAUGGCCUCAAAGCAGCCAGUCAGAACCUGGCCAUGCUAAGCUUCCUAUCGCUUCAGUCAAUUUAUUUUCCAUCAGGCUCUUAAUUUAAUGAUUCACUGUUUUAAGAGGAGAUAAGCCUAAAUUGGGCUCAUUACCCUUGUUCUAUCAAUAAGUUAAACUCAGUGUCCAUCUUACUCCUCAGGGAAGGGUGUAUGCAUGAGAAAUGUCCCAUAUCCUAAAACUGACAGAAAUGAGGAUAUUACUUUUCUUACUGAAAUUAGCCUAAACAAAAGCCAUAUUUUAACAAAUAGUUAUUUGCGUGGGUGGUACUUUUUAUAUAUUUCAAGCAUUUUACUCAGUAUUCCAAACAGGGUAAGGGCAAGAAGAGGUCAGCAAUCCUUUGGGGUACACAGUGGCCCCCUUUGAAGUCUGAUGAUACCUGAGGCUUCCCAUCAAUAUCACUUCCAUAUAUGCACAUGAUUCCUGUUACCUACCAACAGUUCCACUAGUGUCCUCGCCAAAACAGUCUGGAUGUCUAGAAGAGUCAGUGUGAUCUUUAUGCUAGUUUUAUUAUUUACAUUACUAAAUUUUCAAAACUAUUCAGAAACCUCGCAUUUGUGUCAACGGGAUUUACAUGCACACACACACACACACACACACACACACACACACAAAUGCUGAACACACACUAACCCAAAGCCACCACAUUCUUUCACCUAUUCAAUUAAGAAAAUCAAGGAUUGAGCAGAAUUUAAAAAUUAAAGAUGAAGGCAUUUUCCUAUGUCUUCAAAUUUAAGCUGAGGCUUUGACCAUCUCCCAGAUUGAAAACUACAAGCUGUCUUAGUGAUUUCUGUUAAAACUGGGUACCUAAGCUAUAAUUGAGACAGAUGCAUGUAUGGUGGAGGGAGGUAUGGAGAGAGUGAAGAUACACAUAUAGCCAAAUUAAAUAUCUGGAUAAUUGUUACUAUUCUCCAUUCACUUCAACCAUGUAGACUCUUGAAUGUCAAACUCAGGCCAGCUCUCCAAACUAGCAAAUGAUCUAUCUUUCCAAUGUAGUGUCUUCCCCAUCAUUUGAUUUCUUUGCUCUCUGUCCUGAUGAUGAAUGACAAGAGGACUCAAUGUCAAGGAUUUGGGGUUAAGAGAGGCAAUUCUGAAAUCUAGAGAUUUAGCAUGCUGUAAGGAAUGGGCGUUGUUUGGUCUCAUGUGAAUCAGUCUGCACUCCACCUUUGGCCAGCCCUCCCUGAAAUGGAUAGCAUGAAAUAAAUUUAUGAAAACUAUUAGUCCAAAUGAUUAAUUUGGUAGGAAAUAGAAAUGCUUUCAGUUUAUAAAAGACGGAACCAUCCUACUGCUACAAAAAGCAGCAAUAUUUCUAACCUUUCAGGCUGUUGUUGGUCAAUUAGCUGGGCCCAAUCCUCCAUGUUAUGCUCCUGUUGACAUCCUGAGACUGUGGUUGUUGUACCUCUCUGGUGAGCUGUUGGUUUUGCACUUCAGUGAGCUCCAAAAUAUCAUCCAUCAGGAAAAUAGGAAAGGACUUUGUUACCUGGAGGAAAACCAUCAUGAUCUACCUGAUUAUUUUAAGAACAGAGUAGGAGAAGGAGACCAGUAAUUCCUAAAGAGGAGACAAAAUGUGGCAAUGGUUCCACCCAGGAUCUUUUUCUAAGCCUUCCCCUUCAAACUGACUUAUUGAGACAAUUUGAUAGAGGAAACAACAUCCCUUCCCACCCCACAGCAUGCUGAAGAGGCUAGAGAAUUAUUUGUAGAUGUAAACAUCAUUUAUAGUUUGUAUAGAUUUGCUCAUAAGCAGAGAAAUAACCUGUUAAGUAUAAGUAACAUUUUAUCACAUUUUAUGACUUAAAACAUCCUUUAUCUCCUUUUCAUUCUCACUUUUGACCUUCUGGGAUAUUGAUAUGAUACAUGAUGAGGACAAUUUAGGCUCAGGGAAGUAAAAAUCUUUACUGAAGCUACACACAAGUGAGUUGCAGAGAUAAUAGUAAUAUCAAAGUUUUCUGACUACAAUUCUUAUUUCUACUGACCAUACUCCUCCCAACCCUCUGACCCAAGAACAAACAAGUCUUUCAUUUUUGAUUUUUCAUUACAUGGACAGUACAUGUUACAACCAAAACCAAGUUCCUAUUUGAAAGACAGUGAGCCCCUCUGACUUAGGUUUAGAGAUACUCUAGAACCCAAUUUGCUUGGCUCUAUGUACCUUUCCCUAAACAGAGCUUCCUAAGGAAAUGAAGUGUAGCCAUGGGAAUGAAUUCUCAGUCUCAAUAUGUAGGUAACACCUGCAGCAGAAAGAGUAUAGCACUUAGCAACUUUGUGAAUUUGCACGAUUUCCUUCUUCAAGCUUAUUUCCCGAUCUCUAACAUGGCAAUUCAAUGGACUUCACAAGGCUGGGAUGUGGUGACGAUAAAUUUAAGCACAUGUAAGGAAGCCAUAAAAUGUCCACCCCAUAGUGAUUUUCAAAUACUACCUUCUAUUGCUUUUUCCCUUCCAGAUUCUUAAGAUUUGGAACCUAAGUUUCUCAGUUCUAAAUGACAUACUCUACAUUGCACACACUGAUCAAAUAAACAUAUCAUUUCUCCAGUGUAGUAAGCAAAUAUGUGCAACAAGUAAAUUCCCUUUUAAUAAGAACUAUAUGUUGUACAGCAUAAUCACUAACCAGCAUUAAAGUUGCUGCUCAAUAACUUCAUGUAUUUUAUGUUUGCUUCUUGUGUAGCCAUACCAUUUUACAUGAAGUCUCUAAUUUCAGUGUCUUAUUCUAUUAAUGUUUCAUUAUAAUUCACAGAAAUUUACUAAAACAUAACUCUUUAUACAGUUUUCAUAAUUCCACCUUCAAACUUCAUUGCAAAUAUCUACUAAGACAAACAGACAAAAAGAUCCUAAAUAUAUAGGAUGCCUAUGCACACCAUUUGCCUUAGUUUGCACCCAGAAUGUUUAGACAUAUUUCAUUUUUUAAACUGUAGUCCAAAGGCCCAGCAAAAGGUCUGCCUGCAGGGCAACAACAUCAGAGGAGUUAAGUCUCAGAUUAAUUCCUAAAUGUAAGUAACCACUUGGUUUGUAGAUGUUUCUCAGCCACUCCCAUUACCCAACCAAAAGUUCUUAAGGUUCUACUCACUCUUCAUUCUAUGCAUAAAACAGAAUUCUUGUCUUGGGUCCAAAGCAAUUAAUAAUUUAUAGAUUUAAGUUUGUUUGAUUCAAUCCUUUAAAACUUUAUUCUCCAUCAAGGGUGGCAGGUGACUUGGUCUUAUGAUAUAUAUCACCAGGCUCAUGGCAUAGACAUUGUUAAUAGUAAGAGAGUCUCAUAUAAUUGUCCACAUAGCAUCCUUCAUUUAAAUAAAAAUGUAUUGCAUU